GAAUUAAAAUGGCAACCAAACGUAAAGGAAAGACAGUUCCGUGCGAAGGUUGCCGAGAAAGAAAAAAAAAAUGUUCUGCCGGUCAACCUUGUGAAAGAUGUAAACGAUUAGGAAUUCCUUGUCAAUACCUCAAACCAGUCGCACCACCGAGAAUAGAAUGUGUAGAAUCAGUCAACAGUCAGGAAAUUCAGCUUCGUGUCCAAGCAAUGGAAGACAUUAUGAGAGCAAUGGAGAAAGAAAUGUUCUUAUUAAAAUCACCUCUUGUUACCAAACAACACGACUUUCAACCAGAUAACGCUCUAUCUGACGAAGGCUCGGAUAAAAGUAUUGUUAUGGACGAUAGCAAAUCAAUAACGAAGUUGAACAAUAAUAUUGCAGCAAAGUGGGAGCUACAAUUCGGAAAAGAUGGAGGCUUCUCGAUUAAUACCGACAUUCAAUCUUAUACAAGUCUAUUAAGACACAUCGAAGCACUAAGCACUGAAUCUGCAUUCUGUCCGAUUAUAAGACAGCCCAUGUUGGCAUCCUUAUCAGUAGGCGAUGGAUUUUUGCACAAAAAUAUGGUUUCUACUGUCUUACGGAAAGGCAAUUUCCGGAUAACGAUUGCAUCAAUACAGAAGACACAACUCAAACAAAUACCACAGUUUAUUGAGCCGCCUCCCGUCUUACUUCAGCAAAAAGGUUUAUCCUUACAACUUGUUCAAACCUAUUUUGCCUGUAGAUUUUUGCAUCGAGUUAUAUUUCAUCAAGCAACGUUCUAUGACCUAUUUGUCAACAACUAUGCCGACCCGGAGUCAUCACCUGUCGUAUGCGCAUUAUCUGCCGCUGUUUUGACUAUGCGCUGUAAACAUAUCAUGAAUAUGGUGCCUUACGAUCAACAAAUGGAGUUGGGUGAGUAUUUUUUUAAUAAGGCAAGGCAAGCCGUGUCUUUACAGUUCGACGAAGCCACGAUAGAAACCAUGAUCGUGUAUCUCCACAUGGCUUUAUACAAAUCCAACUUGUUGCGACCCCAAGAAGCCCAUGUAUAUUUAGACAUGGCAAUUCGAAUCCGACAAAUCUUGGCCGAAGAUACUUUUAAACAUCCACCGACUAGUUCAGAAUCAAAGUCUCAGUACGCGGGGGAAUAUGAAAAUUUUAAACGUCUACAUGCUGGAUUUCAAGACGCUGUUCGUUUUAUUCAAUUUGUAAAUAAUCAACGAGGUGUGCCUGUUAAAAGUAAAAACAGACCACCCAGACAAGAGAAGCCAUUCCAAAAAGUAUUUCGGUCUAUCUGUGCUGAAGAAUAUAAACCAACAGCGAUGCCGGAUGAACCUCAACAGACUGUUCGAGCCAUCAUGAAAGAGAAUUACCUAAAUUAUAUAUCGGGCGUUGUCGGGCCGUAUUUUCGCCGUGUACGGUUCGGUCAAGAAGAAAUGAUCCCCUUGUCCUUUCUGCUGAAAACCGAACAAGAUUUACAUCACGUCUACAACCAUAAAUUACCGCUGGAGUAUAGAUUAUCACAUUCCAUUUUUGAAGAUGGCUUAAGUGAUGUAGAAUUCAGGAGACGUUUACAAGAUGAUACCCGAUGUGACGCAGUUACUGUUUCCAUAGCAACAAGAUUUCACCAGUCUUUAUUGGCUUUGCAUGAACCGUUUUUACCAGUGAUGAAACGGCCGCCUGUCCUGGCCGAACUCUCCAUGUUACAAGAGGAUGCCCCUCCACCACCACCGCCAAAAAAAAGAAAACGAAAAUCCAAAGUUUACAAUUCACCCGGCGAAACGUCCCUCUCAUCAACCCAUUCAAUAUCCUCAUCGUCAUCAGAAGAUUCUGACGACUAUGACGACAAUGAAAUCAUAUCUGCACAUUCGUUAAGGGCCCAAGACAUUUGUCAUAAAGGUGCCAUCACGGUAAUUCGACUAUUAGAAUAUCAAUGUAUGACAUUAGGAUCAUGCACCAUACCAAUAGCCUCUUUGUUAUGUGCUUGGGACAUCCUGAUACGAGAUUCAUGUUUGGGAAUGACUUUAGAUGAUUUAAAAGAGUCUGGUGCCAGUGAUUACCUUACACCCAAUGACAUACGGCUGGCUCGUGAAUAUGCAGUGCGAUGUAUUGAAGUCUUGAGAAGAGGGUACGUGUACAAUGGUGCUGAACGAGAAAUUUGGGAGCAUUAUGAGCGUAUCGAAGUUCAAUUAUUAAAAGCACUUUGCACUGAUGCGUCACCGACAGCCAAAUACUGGGAACCUGUUUCCACUUGGUAUUAAUUAUAAAAAAAAAAAAAAAAAAAAAAAAAAAAACUUAUAUAACCCCC